CGUUUAGCGUGACUUAGCGGAAGAAAAUGCACCCGAGUCCGCGCGCACUGGUGUCUGGGGAGUGGGAGUGGCAGUAGCCAGUAGGCCAACCUUCCCACAACCUUUUUCCAUAAAUGUCAAACCAUCUCCUUCACUAUCCAUUCCUCACACAUCUCAAGGAAAAACACACUCCCACUCUCUCUCUCUCUCUCUCUCUCUCAAUUUGGCUUGGGUAGACCUUUCUUUGUAGAAAGUUCAAUUCCUUUGGUUUUCUGGUUUUCUGGGCAUCUGGGGUUGUCGGUUUGUUAGGUUUUUGUUAUGACACAAUGGGAAUUGAGGAGGGCAAGCCUGCGGCUGAUCAGGGACAUGAUUUGAGUUCAUGCGAAACAACACUUGUUGUCCCAGUUCACAAGGUUGAAGACUCAAUGGGAAUAACUGAAGAAACCCCCGAAGGUCAUCACUGGAAACGGCGAAAUCUCUUCCUAGAGAUACCCUCCAGAACAUCAGGAGAGUCCUCUCAGGGCUUUGUUGGAAUAAAGAUGCCCUCAACACCAACUCCCACUCCCAAGAAAGUAAAUUUUCUCUUGACACCUGGUUCUACUGAUGAAAGAAUUACUGGUUCUCCUGGGCCGCCCUCAGCUAGAGGCAGGUCAUCCAUAAGAAGUCUUUUACCAAAAUUAAGCUUCAUGUAUCGAACCUCCUCAGAUAUUGAGAAGGCUUCCAACCUAGCUUCUGAAGCUCCAUCUACAGGGUUGCAAGAAAAGCCUUCAAUCCCAAGGUCAUAUUCACUUUCAAAAAUAUUCACUCCCAGGGUGAAGAGAACAUCAUCGCUACCUGUAACUCCAAUUGCACAUUCAAACCCAGAAUCUGCUCAUUCUGGAAGCAUAGGUGGACCCCUAAGUUCAAGUAGAAAAGGAGCUCAGCUGCAGAUAUCUCGCUCUCUUUCAGUACCUAUCCACAACAAAGAAAGAAGAAGCAUAAGGAGGAUGGAUUCGUUUUUUCGCGUAAUUCCUUCUACACCUCGAAUGAAGGAAGGAGACACUGUGUCAAAUAGUUCUCCCACCACGGAUGCUGGUAUCAAUGAUGACCACGGUGAAGACAUAGCUGAAGAAGAGGCUGUUUGUAGAAUUUGUCUGGUUGAACUGUGUGAAGGUGGUGAGACUCUCAAGAUGGAGUGCAGCUGCAAAGGUGAACUGGCUCUGGCCCACCAAGAAUGUGCAGUAAAAUGGUUCAGCAUCAAGGGAAACAAGACCUGCGAUGUGUGCAAGCAAGAUGUUAAGAAUUUACCUGUCACUCUGUUGCGCAUUCAAAGUAUUCGAACUCGAAAUACUGGAGCAAAUGGAGCACUGGUAGAUGUUAAUGGAUACAGGGUUUGGCAGGAGGUUCCAGUGCUUGUCAUUAUCAGCAUGCUGGCCUACUUUUGUUUCCUUGAGCAGCUUCUGGUUGGGAAUAUGGGUACUAGUGCAAUUGCUAUCUCUCUUCCAUUUUCUUGUGUACUGGGUCUACUUUCAUCAAUGACCUCAUCAACCAUGGUGAAGAGAAGAUUUGUCUGGGUUUAUGCAUCGAUCCAAUUUGCUCUGGUGGUCCUAUUUGCGCAUAUAUUUUACUCCUUGGUUAGCUUGCCAGCAGUUCUGUCAAUUCUGCUGGCAACAUUUGCCGGGAUUGGCAUCGCAAUGAGCGGGAGUUCUAUUAUUGUCGAGUUUUUGAGAUGGAGAAGAAGAUGGCGGGCUCAGUUAGAGCACCAUCAAAUGACCAGUCGGCCAAGCCAAUUUCCUAGAUCAGUAAAUCCACCAUGGGUAAGCCGUUCUGAACGCCACCACCAAACUGAAGUGGGAAAUCCAGAAACUUAUAGUGGGGUUUGAAAUGUGUCAUUGGUAUUUAAUAUUAAAUAGGUUAGCUAGCUAGUUUUGUUGUAUCUGAGACGAGGCACUUGAUCUCUUUUGUAAUAGACAGAUAACGAGAUCCUAUAUUUACUUUCAUCUCUUUUAGUUAUAACACAAAUACUUGAUUGUACAGGCUCUGAUGGUAAUAUAAUGACUGCAAAAUGUAUUGUUA